CGGUUUGGACUUUGAAUGUUUCCCCACUUACAAGCGUCAUAAGAGCUAAAUUGCGAUUUCACUCCUUUUUCCCAAUAAUUUUGUGAUAAUGUGAAUAGUAGGAAAGGCUGAGACAUCUAUAGCAUAUAUUUUAUUCAUUGUUAUUUAUAUUUUAAGAGUAUAUUUUAAGAAUGUAGGCAGAUUUAUUUCGUAAUUCAUACUACCUUACGAUAAGUUGUGUGAGUUGUUUACAGGGGAUAGUAGCACUGCACUUCAUUCCAUCACCCCGUCGAGCUCAGGGACUGUCCACCAUGCCUCUGGCUGUGGACCUGUUGGACAUAUGGACAUGUCUACUGUUUCUCUUUGUAUUCUUUCUCAUUUUUUACCUUUUGUAAAACAAACAUCCACGCAAUUUUCCUCCUGGACCAUGGGGUUUGCCUCUUCUGGGAAACAUUUCAACCGCGUUGGAUCAUCAUGCUGUAGAGAAGGUGUCUGAGAAAUACGGGGAAAUAUUCAGCCUUAGAGUGGCUGGCGAGAAGAUUGUGCUGGUGUCAGGGUAUAAAUUGGUGAAGGAAGUUCUAGUUACACAAGGUCACAACUUUCUGGACCGUCUAGUCUCUCCUCUAUGUAAUGAAGUAUUUCAAGGCAAUGGCAUAUCUACAAGCAAUGGAUACAGGUGGAGGAGGCAACGUCAGUUUUUUGAUUCUCUUUUGAAGAAAUUGGGAGAGAGCAAAAGAAAACAGGAGGUCUAUAUUCAGCAAGAAUGCCUCUUUCUGUGUGAUGCCAUCCAAGAGGAGAUGGGAUGCCACUUCAACCCACAUCACAUUAUCAGCAGUGCAGUAGCUAAUGUCAUUGCAUCUUUGGUGUUUGGAAAGCGCUUUGACUAUGAGGACGCUGAUUUCCGGAACCUUCUACACCUCAGUGCAGAAUCUGCACUAUUGGCAGGUUCACCACUUGUCCAGCUUUAUGAUACAUUCCCAUCACUUAUGAAGUAUUUCGAAGGACCACAUACCACAAUUUUGGCCAACUAUUCCAAAAUUCUGGGCUUUCUGAAGAAGCAAAUUGAGAAGCACAAGAGAGAUUGGGAUCCAUUUAAUCACAGUGAUUUCACUGAUGUUUAUAUAGGAGAAAUAGAUAAGAGAAGGAAAGACGCAGAUGCUGCCUUCACUGUGGACAAUUUGGCUCACUGUAUUUUGGACCUGUUUGAAGCUGGAACAGGACCCAUGACCAGAACCCUGCUCUGGGGUCUUCUCCUUAUGGCGAAACAUCCAGAAGUCCAAAAGAAUGUCCAGAAUGAAAUUGAUCAUGUGAUCAGACAGUCCAGGCAGCCCUGUUUGAUGGAUAGAGCCAGCAUGCCUUACACUGAGGCGGUGCUGCAUGAAAUCCAGAGAGUGGGCAAUGUCCUGCCUCUAGGUGUACCUCACAAGGCUUUCAGAGACACCAGACUGGGCAAAUACUUUAUUCCUAAGGGCACUGCAGUUGUGACGAGUCUGUCGUCUGUGUUGAGUGAUAAAGGAGAGUGGGAACGACCACAAGAGUUUUAUCCCAAGCACUUCCUUGAUGACCAAGGCCAUUUUUGGAAGAAGGAGUUAUUUGUUCCUUUUUCAGCAGGGAAGAGAGCGUGUCUUGGAGAAAAUCUUGCAGGCAUGGAGCUUUUUCUUUUCUUUACCUCACUCCUCCAGCGUUUCACCUUCUCCGCUCCACAGGGCACACAGCUGAGUAUGGAGGCCCAGGGAGCUUCAGAGCGAUCUCCCAAAUCUUUCCACAUGUGCGUGUCCUUACGCUGAAACACAGUGGCUUUAUUCACCUCAGAGGGACACUUUUUUUGCUUUUAAAGCCACGUAUUGCUUGCUCACUUGCUCCCGGUCACAUGGCUGCUCACAUGACUUCAGUAUUAUAACUCCUGUGUGACCCCUGCAUUUCUGAAAGCAUUUCUAAAGAUUACUGGGAGUGUAAUCCCGCCCAUCACACCAGUUUUAACCAUAAAAUAAUGUAGUGUUGCAUUAAAUUACUUAAUGAACUGCAA